CUUAACUGGAAAUCUUCCCCCUUCUUGAGAAGAGAUCUUGCACUGACAUCUACACUGGCUUCUAAAAAGCACAGAUGACCUGCUACACUUCCUGAUUUUCUUGCUAUUGGUUGGCACUGUUCAUAAAUAUAACUUGCUGUUUCCCUUUUCUUUCAAAUGAGCAAUCUGAAUUACUUAGAGGAGAAAGGCAGAAGAGAUAGAGGCAGCAGAAGCCAGGGCAGCUGAAAGGCAGAGACCUUCAGGGAAAACUAGGUUCUAAGAUGGCUGAAUAGGAACAGCUCCAGUCUGCAGCUCCCAGUGUGAGCAAUGAAGAAAAUGGGCGAUUUCUGCAUUUCCAACUGAGCAUGGAGAGAAAAUUUAUGUCCUUGCAUGCAUCCAUCUCCGUAUCAGAAAUGGAACCAAAUGGCACCUUCAGCAAUAACAACAACAGCAGGAACUGCACAAUUGAAAACUUCAAGAGAGAAUUUUUCCCAGUUGUAUAUCUGAUAAUAUUUGUCUGGGGAGUCUUGGGAAAUGGCUUGUCCAUAUAUGUUUUCCUGCAGCCUUAUAAGAAGUCCACAUCUGUGAAUGUUUUCAUGCUAAAUCUGGCCAUUUCAGAUCUCCUGUUCAUAAGCACGCUUCCCUUCAGGGCUGACUAUUACCUUAGAGGCUCCAAUUGGAUAUUUGGAGACCUGACCUGCAGGAUUAUGUCUUAUUCCUUGUAUGUCAACAUGUACAGCAGUAUUUAUUUCCUGACCGUGCUGAGUGUUGUGCGUUUCCUGGCAACUGUUCACCCCUUUCGGCUUCUGCAUGUCACCAGCAUCAGGAGUGCCUGGAUCCUAUGUGGGAUCAUAUGGAUCCUUACCAUGGCUUCCUCAGUAAUGCUCCUCAACAAUGGCUCUGAGCAGAAGGGCAGUGUCAUAUCAUGCUUAGAGCUGAAUCUCUACAAAAUUACUAAGCUGCAGACCAUGAACUAUAUUGCCUUGGUGGUGGGCUUCCUGCUGCCGUUUUUCACACUCAGCAUCUGUUAUCUGCUGAUCAUUCGGGCUCUGUUAAAAGUGGAGGUCCCAGAAUCGGGGCUGCGGGUUUCUCACAGGAAGGCACUGACCACCAUCAUCAUCACCUUGAUCAUCUUCUUCUUGUGUUUCCUGCCCUAUCACACACUGAGGACCCUCCACUUGGUAACAUGGAAAGUGGGUAUAUGCGAAGACAGGCUGCAUAAAGCUGUGGUUAUCACACUGGCCUUGGCGGCAGCCAAUACGUGCUUCAAUCCUCUACUCUAUUACUUUGCUGGGGAGAAUUUUAAGGACAGACUAAGGUCUGCACUCCGAAAAGGCCAUCCACAGAAGGCAAAGACAAAGCAUGGUUUCCCUGUUAGUAUGUGAUUGAGAAAGGAAACAAAGGUAUAAGGAGUUCUUAGAUGAGACCUGUUCUUGUAUCAUUGUGUCCAUCUUCAUUCAUGCAUAGUCUCCAAAUGACUUUGUAUUUACAUCAUUCCCAGCAAAUGUUGAUUCUUAAUAUUUAGUUGACCAAGACUUUUGUUAAUAAGAACAACUUCAAAAAUUUUAUUCCGUGUAUUUUCAGUUGUUGAGUCUUAAUGAGGGAUACAGGAGGAAAAAUCCCCACUAGAGUCCUGUGGGCUGAAAUAUCAGACUGGGAAAAAAUGCAAAGCACAUUGGAUCCUACUUUUCUCCAGAUAUUGAACCAGAAGUCUGGCCCAUCAGGCUUUCUAAAUUCUUCAAAACAGCCACAACUUCCCCAGCUUCCCCAGCUCCCUUGCCCUCUUCAGUCCCCAGAGAUAUAGCCAACUAACGAUGCUACUGGAAGCCCCAGAGCAGACAAGAAGCACAUCCUAAGAUUCAGGGAAAGAAGAGGAAGGCUGUCCUAUAACAAAGCAACUUCAAGUCCCAAGUAAGGACAGUGAGAGAAAAGAGGGGAGAAGGAUUGGAGCAAAAGAGAACUGGCAAUAAGCUGCUUUUUUAAGUUUACACAGCUAGUAAGAGUUUUAAAAAUCUCUGUGCAGAAGUGUAGGCUGGGUGCUCUCCCCACUGCUAUCCUUGUAAACUUCCAGGAAGAUUGGUUGAAAGUCUGGAUAAAAGCUCUCCUCUCCUACCAGUUUCCUCCCCCUCCUCACUCUCACAAGAAAACCAAGGGUUUCUCUUUAGAGUUGUUGACUCAUAGUACAGUAAAGGGUGGAGGUGAUAUGGCAUUCUGAAGGUAGGGAGGGACUAAGUCAGUCUUCAUACUAAGCACAAAUCCCAGUACCCUUUCCUUAUUUAGCUACCAGAAUGAUGACGGACUCAAACCCUGUCAAGACAGGACCCUGGAGGAUCCUCCUAUGAGGAAACUGCAUUAUCUGAAAAAAUGGCUGACAGAUACAAACAGUUGGGGAUCCUUCAACACAAAAACUGGGUAUCUGCCCUAUUACUCAUCUGACAAUGAAGCCCACAAUGCAAUGAAUCCCUUCCACUCACAGCAUUUGGUCAACCUGUCAGAGCCUCAUUCUUAAUUAUGAACAACAGUCAAUGAACACAAUACAUUAGAGGGAAAGGCCCUAACACAAAAGGCACCAACAAAUAAAUGUGAGAGUAGAUAGAGACCUUUUGAGUAUAAUAGGUCCUCCAAAAUAAGAGAUUACACCAAGAUAGAGAAAAACACAGUAAGUAGGAAAUAAGGAAUCCGACACAGGUGAAAGUGAAGGGAAUUCCCAGGAUGUUGGUGUGUAGCAGGCUUAGAAAGCAACUCAUUCAUGUUGGAGCAGGACUCUUAAAGGACUCUAGGAGAGAUAUCUCCCAGAAAAAAAAGAAAUUAAUUGAUUCAUGCACAUUGAGAGGGAUUUAGAUUUCUCUUACAGAGAUUGAGAUAAACUAGUGACAAAUACAUAGAAAAAUAAGCAACUGAAAACACAAUACAGUUUUUAAAUGCUAGAGGAAAAGAAACUUUUGUAUUAGAGAGGAAAUAUAACCAUAGUACACUAACUGGCUCAGCUGUGAAUAAUAUUUACAUAGAGGAUAAUGUGAAUAUAGUAGUUCCCCAUUAUCUGUGGUUUUGCUUUCUGCGGUUCAUUUACAGCCAACCAGUCUGAAAAUAUUAAAUGGAAAAUUCCAGAAAUAAUUCUUAAGUUUUAAAACAUGUACUGUUUUGAAUAGCAUGUUGAAAUCUCACACUAUCCCACUCCACCCAUGUUCUGGGCAUGGCAAAGUGGGAUGGUGUGAGAUUUCUCCAGUGGAUCCACAAUGUAUAUGCUACCCACCCAUGAGUCACUUAGUCAUCAUCCAGUUGAUCAGACCAACUGUUGUGGUAUAGCAGUGCUUGUGUCAAAGUCACUCUUAUUUUACUUAAUAACGUCCCCAAAGCAUAAGAGUAGUGACGCUGGCAAAUAAGAUACACCAAAGAGAAGCUGCAAAAUGCUUCCUCUAACAGAAAAGGUGAAAGUUCUUGACUUAAUAAGGAAAAAAAAAACAUGCUGAAGUUGCUAAG